UUUGGCUCAAGCGAUAUAAAGAAAGCUCAGCUGCCGUCUGAAACCUCUCAACGGUGGCUUCCGCAUCCGAUCUCGAGCUGCUCGAGGUCACCUCACAUUGUCAUAUCCUUCACUAGGGCCUACUACUGGAAUCAUGGCAUUCCUGAGCUCAUGCUAUUCAUUUCUGACCAGCUCCACUACUUUCAACAUAGCAGCGCGGACUAUGAUCCUCGCUGUUGCCACGUCAUCAUUCUUCGCCGCGAUGGACCUGCGGCUCCCCGUGCCGGCCGCCGUUGAGGAGCUGACGGUCGUGGCGUUGCUCUUGCUGCUGGAGCUAAGCUUCACACGCCGGCAGGAGAAGUCCAAGAAGAGCAAAAGCAUCGGCAGCGACAAGCGAGUCCGGGAGGAGGACGUAAGUGGCCUUCACAGUCGACUCCAGAUCGCGGCCAAAGCUGGCGACACGGACGCUGCUGAAGCGGCGAUGGAGGCCAUUCUGGGCAACGGGGCAGUGCCGAGCCUGGUGUGCUACGGAGCGCUGAUCUCUGCCUUUGCCAAGGCGGGCGAUGUGAAGCGCGCCGAGCACUGGCUGGAGGCGCUGGAGUCUUCAAAUGUCGGGAGCCCCAACGGCAUUUGCCUGAACAUGUUGAUCAGCGCCUGCGCCAAAUCCAAUGCCGUGGACCGUGCCGAGCAUUGGCUGGCCAAGAUGCCCUCCCUGGGUUUGGUUCCGGACGUGAUGAGCUACAACGCGGUGAUCGACGCCUGCGCGCGCACCGGAGAUGUGACACGUGCCGAGGGUUGGCUGGAGAAGAUGAAGGCUGCUGGCACAAUGCCCAACGUGGUCAGCUACAGCUCCGUGCUUCACGCUUGCGCUCGCAGUUGCGACGCAAGCCUCGCGGAGCAGUGGCUCAAGAGGAUGGAGAGAGAGGGCGCCGAGCCGAACGCCAUCUGCUACAACGCCAUCAUCAACGCUUGGUGCAAGGAGGGCAAUGCCCGCCGUGCCGCUUACUGGCUGGAGCAGAUGUCCCACCGUGGCGUGCAGCCCACGGUGAACAGCUACAGCACCAUCAUCGACAAGUUGGCCAAGGCCGGUGACAUCGACGGGGCCGAAGACUGGCUGACUCGCAUGGCUGAGGCUGGAGUUGAGGCGGAUGCCGUGAGCUACAACAUGCUCUUCAGCGCCUGCAGCAAGACUGGUGACGCUGCCCGUGCCUCGAAGCUCUUUGACCAGAUGUUGAAGCGCCGGGUGACUCCGAACACAAUUUGCUUCAACCUGCUGAUCAAUGCCCAUGCUCGACAGGCGGACGUGCAGGGAGUGCUGCGCCGUCUCCGGCAGAUGCGGGACUGCGGCAUCCAGGCGGACCGCGUGAGCUUCAACACCUCUCUCAAGGCCUUUGCCCGGUGCUCUGACCCCAAAGCCGCCGAGCGGCUGCUGGAGGAGAUGCAAGCGGUCGGCCUGAAACCCGACGUCGCCACCUACAACACCUUCAUCGCCAUGUGCAUGCGCGCCAAGGACGCCCAGCGCGCUGAGACUUGGCUCUGCCGCAUGGCCAGCGCCGGCGUCAAGGCCGACGCUGUGAGCUACUGCACCAUGAUCGACGCCUUUGCGCAGAGCGGCGAGUUGCACCGUGCAGAGCAAUGGCUGGAGAAGAUGGAGAAGUCCGGGCUCCAGGUGGGUUCGAGCACCUAUGGCCUGCUCAUCAAUGCGGUGGCGAAGAUGGGCGACAUCCAGCGGGUUGAGCGCAUCUUCCAGCGCAUGGAGCAAGCUGACGUGGAGGUCAGCGGGGCCACCUACAACGCUCUGAUCUCCGCCUGCGCGAAGAAGGGGGAAGUGGACCGCGCGGAGUUCUGGCUGAAGCGCAUGCUGAAGUCCUCGACGCAGGCAGACGUGGCCAGCUACUCUUCGGUGAUCCACGCCUGUGCAAAGGCCAACGACCUCCAGCGCGCCGAGGCCUGGAUUGAGCAGAUGGAGAGGGAUGGCGUGCAGGCCAAUGUCGUGACCUACAACAGCGCCAUCAACGCCUGUGCGAGGUGCGGUGACGUGAAGCGUGCUGAGCAUUGGUUUCAUAAGAUGGUGAAGCAGGGCAUCCAGCCCGGGGUGCUCACCUUCAACUCCAUGGUCAACGCCUGCGCCAAGGCGCUGGAUGUGAGCGGCGCGGAGAAGUGGCUCCAGGACAUGCCUAGCCACGGCGUCCAGCCAGACGACGUCACCUACAGCACGGUGAUCCACGCCUGCGGAGCGGCGCAGGAGCCUGAGCGAGCUGACAAGUGGAUGAACGCUAUGCUCUCCACGCAGAGGGAGCGGCCAAGCUCGUUUUGCUACAACUCCGUGGCGCAAGCCUGGGUGCGGGGUGGAAACGUGGAUCGCGCCAUCUAUUGGCUCUCCGAAGCCGAGCGUCAUGGCAUCGAGGUCUCCUUGGCGAGCGUGAACAGCGUGGUAAGUGCGCUGACUCGUGCGCGUCGCCACGAGGAGGCUGACCGGUGGUCCGCCAAGGCGAACCGCAACGGCGGCAACGCCGCCCGGAACCUUGGCAGGACCGAGAAGCCUCGCCAGGCCCAGCCUCCCCGCCGUAGGGCCUGAGGCGCCCCGGGCGCGCGCCUGACUCACUUCGGCCAGGCCGCGCUGAGCUGCACUGCGACUGCUUUGCUUGGACA